UUGAGGUUAAGUAAAAAAAAGGAAGCCACGUUGACACGAAGUGGUGUUUUCACUUUUUUCUGCCGCGGGGAAAUAACGGUCACGUCGUCAAGUUACAUCCGUCAAGUCAGGAACAUCAAUUGAAACGUAUAGAAAGGCCAAAGAAGCCACAUCAUCUAACAGGAUGAGUGUUGGAUUCAUUGGAGCGGGCCAGCUGGCUCACGCACUGGUGAAAGGGUUCACAGCUGCAGGUGUGAUUGCUACCCACAGGAUUACAGCCAGCUCCCCAGACACAGACCUGCCCACUGUGUCGGGGCUGAGGAAAAUGGGGGUGAACCUGACAACUAGCAACAAAGAGGCCGUCAACAAGAGCGAUGUACUCUUCCUGGCUGUGAAACCCCACAUCAUCCCUUUCGUUCUCGAUGAGAUCGGGCCAGACAUUGAAGACCGCCAUCUCAUAGUCUCCUGCGCGGCAGGCGUCACCAUCAACUCCAUAGAGAAGAAGUUGCUUCAGUACCGUUCAGCUCCUAAAGUCAUGAGGUGUAUGACAAAUACUCCCGUGGUGGUGAGAGAGGGAGCUACAGUGUACGCCACUGGGACACAUGCAGAGGUGGAGGACGGCAAGUUGCUGGAGCAGCUGAUGGCCAGCGUGGGUUUCUGCACUGAGGUGGAGGAGGACCUCAUUGACGCUGUCACUGGGCUGAGUGGCAGUGGACCGGCCUACGCGUUCACAGCCCUUGAUGCUCUCGCAGAUGGAGGAGUGAAGAUGGGUCUGCCCAGGAGACUGGCAGUCAGACUUGGAGCUCAGGCCCUACUGGGAGCUGCUAAAAUGCUGCUGGACUCGGAGCAACACCCAGGCCAGCUGAAGGACAAUGUUUGCUCCCCAGGGGGCGCCACCAUCCAUGCCCUGCACGUCCUGGAGAGUGGUGGCUUCCGCAGCCUCCUGAUCAAUGCAGUGGAGGCUUCAUGCAUUAGGACACGGGAGCUACAGUUUCUGGCAGACCAGGAGCGCAUCUCCCCAGCAGCCAUUAAGAAAACUACACUGGACAAGGUGCUCCAGCAGCCCGGAGUCACAGUCAGCGGAGUGGCUAAUGGGAACGGCAGAUCGGGGCUCAACCUGUUUAACAAUCGCAGCCCUGGGAUCAAGAAGAACUGAGUGCAUGGAGCCAGGCACACACACAAACACAUUACAGGUUUAAAGGUAUACUAUGCAAGAUUUUCCUAAAAAAAAACAGUAGACUCGGAAGUACAAAAGUAAUCCCUCUCAGUCAUCACUUAUGAGCCACUUAUGAGUGUGUGGUGGUGUCUGUGUCAGCAGAGACCCUGCCCUCUGCCUGUAUGCUCUUAUUUUGCUGUCGUCAGGACAUUUCUGCGCUCCAACCUUUGGGCAGAGAGUGUGUAGGCCCUAGCCAAUGACAGAGCAUAGGGGAGGUCAGGACUUUAUACAAAUUUAGCAACCAGGUGCCAUAAGCAGCAUGUAUCCAGGAGGAAGCUAUGAAACUGACGGACACAGUGCUGGAAAAAAGCAAGUAAAGCGAGGGGAAAACGCCAAGUGGACAAAGCUUGUUCCAAAACGAGAGUGAAUCUGGGGUUGGCUUUCACUCGCUGGUUAGCACUGAAGUAGAGGAUGGGGAGGAAGAGCGACGCAGAGUUGGCCUGUUUUCUGUUGGCCAGGUUGUUAGCUUGCUAAAGUAUCGGCUUUUCCAUUACAACAAAUGUAAUGUUCCAAUGUUCCAACCAAUAGCAGCUUGCAGCACAUGCAAAAAGUGUGUUUCUGGUGUCAUUGAGCCAAGUUUGAAUGUUGUGUUUACAAACAGUAAGUGACAAUUGCUGCAUAAUAUACCUUUUAAGUGUACCAACAUGUACACAUGUGGACACACUUGCAUAUUCUGCAGCUGUUCAGCCAAUCAAUCAAGAAAUGGACUCGGGACUGGUCUGAAUUCACAUCCAAAUUGGCAUAAUUGCCAGAUUAUUUAUUCAUACUUGAGUUACAUGUGGACCGUGGACCCGGUGGUGUCGCCACCACAUUGCACACAAGCACAGGUGUAUUCUGGGUGCAUUGCUCACAGUUAUAGCCUUAUGUUGUGAUGCAGGAUUACUGUCUACACAUACACACCGAAGAGCAAAAGUGCAUUUACAAUCUGUUGUCUGUCUGUGUUUGGGCUCUAGACUAUGUAAGGCUGUUAAAUGGUAAUGACCCAGUGGGCCAUCAUGGGAUCCUGGUACACACCAGGCAGCAGAUGGCUGCUGGGAUACCAUCAAACUCUUAGUGUAUGCUUUUAAUGUCUUUUUAAAAAAAAAAUGAAGCCACAAUGUAAAUCUUUAUGUAACCCUCCUUUGUUUGGGCAAAUUCUUAUUUUUGUUAGUCCAACAGUGUUAUACUGUUAACAAAGACUGAGUAUGGAUUGAACAAAACAAAUUAAUAACUGUCUUUGGUUGUUUUGAUUGUUGUAUAUGAACACUACAGUGAACACCGUCUUCACAGAUAAUAUACCUUUCUAUCAGUGUUAUAAUGGGGUUUCUAGCACAUUGAGAACAUUGUGCCUUUUGUGCCCAGAAAAUAUAAUUUCUCUCAUAUAAAGGUCAUUCCAAGCUUUGAAACACCUCUGUCAGCAUUUUCCUCAGAUCCCUCCGUUCAUGUGUUUGUUUUUGCUUGAGGACAUUAUGCUUCUUAAACCGCAAAUCUUAAAUUGUUAUCUUGAACCGCCUGCCACCACAAAGGCACAUUUUACAUUUUUCUCAUAAGGCAAUGUGACGUUGUUACCUGGAAGUGCUGCAACAAAUUCAUCUACACAAUGAAACACCCACUCAAGAAUAUAUUCCUGUAGAUUGAUGUAAAAGAAUUACAUCAGCCUUCAAUCCGUCCUAAUUUUGUACUAUUCUAUAUAUUUUUAUUCCCAUGUUACAUGUUAUGUAUUGUUUUUUUCAGCAUAUUGACCGCCGAGUUGCUUUGCCAGUCAAAAAGUCAAUAUUAAAGGAUCAGA